CAUGUCCAGGUGUGUGGGCGGCUGCUCCCCGGUGGUGCGCGUGUGCCAGAGGCUGAACCGUCUGAAGCGCGUGGAGGCGGACGUCAUGGCGACGUCUCUGCAGCGCUGCUUGAGCACGCUGGACCUGGCGCUGCUGGGCGUGGGCGGCAUGGUGGGCUCGGGCCUCUACGUGCUGACGGGCACCGUCGCCAAGGAUACGGCCGGCCCCGCCGUGGUGCUGUCCUUCCUGCUGGCGGGCGCCGCGUCCCUAUUGGCCGCGCUGUGCUACGCCGAGUUCGGGGCCCGCCUCCCCAAGACAGGCUCCGCCUACAUGUUCACCUACGUGUCCGUGGGCGAGCUCUGGGCCUUCCUGAUUGGCUGGAACGUGAUCCUGGAGUACAUGAUCGGCGGCGCGGCGGUGGCUCGCGCGUGGAGCGGCUACCUGGACGCCAUCCUGGAUCACCGCGUGCAGAACUUCACGGAGACGCACGUGAUGCGCUGGAACGUGGCCUUCCUGGCGCGCUCGCCCGACCUGCUGGCGUGCGGCGUGCUGCUGUUGGCCUCCGCGGUCAUCUCCUUCGGCGUGCGCGUGUCCUCGUGGCUCAACCACGUCUUCUCGGCGGUCAGCCUGGCGGUGGUGGCGUUCGUGCUGGUGUUCGGCCUGGCGCUGGCCGACCCGCAGAACUGGGGCGCGCGCGAGGGCGGCUUCGCUCCGUUCGGGGUGUCCGGCGUGCUGGCGGGGACGGCCACGUGCUUCUACGCCUUCGUGGGGUUCGACGUGAUCGCGGCGUCCAGCGAGGAGGCGCGCGACCCCCAGAGGGCCAUCCCCAUGGCGACGGGCAUCUCGCUGGGGCUGGCGGCGGGCGCCUACGUGCUGGUCUCCGCCGUGCUCACCCUCAUGGUGCCCUGGCACACGCUCGACCCCAACGCCGCCCUCGCCGACGCAUUCUAUCGCCGCGGAUACAGCUGGGCCGGAUUCAUCGUGGCCGUGGGAUCCAUCUGCGCCAUGAACACGGUGUUGCUUAGCAACCUGUUCUCUCUGCCGCGCAUCGUGUACGCCAUGGCGGAGGACGGUCUGUUCUUCUCGGUGUUCGCGCGGGUCAACCCGGUGACCAAGGUGCCGGUGGUGGCCAUCCUGGUGUUCGGGGCGCUGAUGGCGCUGAUGGCGCUGCUGUUUGACCUGGAGGCGCUCGUGCAGUUCCUGUCCAUCGGCACGCUGCUCGCGUACACCUUCGUGGCCGCCAGCGUCAUCGUGCUGCGCUUCCAGCCCGAGAGGAAGCCGGCGCCGGACGGAGGAGGACAGAAGACCGACGCCUCGUCCACCCCCCCCACCACCGCCACCGCCUCCGCCACGCCCUCCCCCGGGGUCGUCGCCGCGCCGACCGCCCCCACCCCCUCCGCCCCGCCCCCACCCCCACCCCCCCCGAGGCCUGCGGACGAGACGCUGACGCUGACCACGCCGGACGGCGGCGAGCCGAAGGAGUACGAGUCCUUCUCAGACAAGCUGCAGCUGGUGCAGCGCGAGCGCAGCGAUGACGUGGGCACGGACGGAGCGGACGGGGCGGGGGGGUACGGGGGGGCAUACGGGCGCUCCACGGGGCAGCUGCGGGCGUGCUGGGACCCCUGGCUGGGCGGAGCGCUGGGGGGGUUUGGGGCGGGAGAGGUCGUGACCCUGGCGGUGGCCGUGCUGAUGGUCAGCGCCGUGUCGCUGUGCUCUGUGCUGGCGUUCGGGUUCAGCGCGCUACACCUGCCCAGCUGGAGCUACGGCCUGCUCGUCACCACCUUCACCUCCACCUUCAUACUCAGCCUAGUGCUCAUAUGGGCCCACCAGCAGAGCCCAGCACUCAACACCUUCCAGGUUCCUAUGGUUCCGUUUGUUCCGGGUCUCAGUAUCCUGAUGAACGUGUUCCUCAUGCUCAAACUCAGCCCUCUCACCUGGAUACGCUUCACUGUGUGGCUCGCUGCAGGGCUGCUGGUGUAUUUCGGCUACGGCAUGUGGCACAGCAAGGAGGGGCUUCGUGAGCAGCAGGAGGGGCUGGAUGUGGCGGCGCGGUACGUCGUGCUGCCCAGCGGAAGCCUCGUGGAGACCGUCCAGUCCGUCCAGCCAGAGGGCCAGGAGCACACACACACACACGGACACACGGACACGGACUCGGACUCCACACUCGCCCACAACGAUCACACACACACCCACAGAUGAGAUGGGGAUGGGUGUGUGUGUGGUGCAGGACUGGAAGCAAGGAGCCCUGCUGUACCUGUUGCCUGUUUGUUCAAAUUGUUAUUUUGUUCUUUUGUAUUUCUCUCACACACACACUCUCUCUCUCUCACACACACACACACACACACUCUCUCUCUCUCUGUGUGUGUGUGUGUGUUUCUCACUCUUGAUUGUCUUUAUUUCCUGGUGCGUUGUCCUUUAUGGCAGUUCUGGUUUGGUUUACCAAGAGAGCGGAGGCCUUUUGUGGGUGAAACGGAACACACAGAGAAGGACAAGUUGCCAUGUUGGGAAGGACUUUGUAGUGGCCAUGUUGGGAAGGUCCAUUUGUAGUGGCCAUGUUGGGAAGGUCCAUUUGUAGUGGCCAUGUUGGGAAGGUCCAAAAGCACAGCACUUUCCACACUCCUGUUCUUCUAUAUGCGUGUGUGUGUGCAUGCAUGUGUGUACUGUGUGUGUGUGUGUGUGUGUGUGUGUGUGUGUGUGUGUGUGUGUGUGUGCGUGAGUCCUGUGUUCUCCUCUCCCUGUCUGUGCAGGGUGCUUCGCCUCCAUCAACAGUCUCAUGUGAGCUGGAGUGUGAACAGGCCCCAUGAUAGACUGUGUGCUUCUUCUCUCUCUCUUUCUCUCUCUCUCUCUCUCAUGAUAUACUGCCUGCUUGUUCUCUCUCUCUCUCUCUCUCUCUCUCUCUGUUUCUUUCUGUUAGCUCUGAGUGUUGUAUGUAGUUAAACAGGUGUGUGUGUGUGUGUGUGCGUGCGUUUGUGUGUACUCUGUCAACAAACACUGUCUAGUUGCGGAUGUUUCUGUUUGCUCUGCAUGGUGUACCCUGGGCUCUUAAAGGGGUUGGGCCUGAGGCUGCUUCAUGGCCACUCCCACAGACUGCUGUCACUUCCUGUAGCCGUGUCACGUCAAUGAUGUCAGCUGCUUCCAUGGCUACGCUUCCUAUAGAGUACUGCAGUGUUGUUGAUGUUGCCAUGGCUACGCUUCCUAUAGAAUGCUACAGUGUUGUUGACAUUGUCAUGGCUACGCUUCCUGUAGAAUGCUACAGUGCUGUUGACGUUGCUGCUGCUGUGUGUUUAUUCCUCUAAGUAGCUUCCAAUCCAUACUGUGUGUGUGUGUGUUUGGGAGUUUGGGAGUUUGGGGGUGGUGAGGGUGGUGGUGGUCUCAUGGAAGUUAAACCAGUAGACAUUACAGGGUUUAAUCUAUUUUACACACAGAGGAGGGUUCAAUGGAUGUCAAUGGGCGCAUAGUGAUGAUGUCAUCAUACGUGUCCCCACUGUUGUUCACUGUUGGCUGUAGAGCUAAUUCGUUACCAACAGACAGAAGCUAGCUAGCUGGAUGUGACUGCAUGACAAUAGCGUUGCACACAGCAUUCCGUUAUUAAAGGCGCUCUAAGCGAUGUUGGGUGACGUCACUUCUGUUGGCUCGCUACUCCCUCCCCCUGGAACAGUUAGUUAUGUUUUCAUGGUCCAGGUUGGACCAAGUUGUUGCUGUUUGCGGAGCCUGGGCUGUCCACACAGGCCACAUUAUGUACAGUGUUCAGGACACAGGCAGCUAGCGGAUGCUGAGGUGGUGGUUUGUUGUGUUUAAGCUUAGAAACAUCGCUGAGAGCCCCUUUAAGUAUCUCUGUCCAGGUGUGUGAUGCUCAUCUCAUCUUCACUUCCUGCCAGAUCCUCCCAUAACGUCAUGUCACGUCAUCCCAGCUCAGUGAUGGAGCAGCAGCAUGAGGGUUAGGUCACAUGACGUGUUGGGUCACAUGACACGUGUGUUCUAGUUAGAUUAGCCGUUCUGAAGCUAGCGCUUUCAGCAUCAGCUGUUGUGGGUGUUGAGAUGUGGACAGUUCCAAUGUCGUGUGUCUCAAUCCUCUCAGGCUACACUAUAGUGGCCAACUGAGAUUCACUCUGUUGAGCUAGCCGAUAGUGUCCUGACUGAUUCACUCCUCUGACUGAUUCACUCUGCUGAGCUAGCCUACAGUAGGCGCAUUCAAGAUGGCUGCGCAGCACAAAAACUGCAAGAGGUCAUUUGGAGUUGAACUUGAACGCGCCUAGUGUCCUGACUGAUUCACUCUUCUGACUGAUUCACUCUUCUGACUGAUUCACUCUGCUGCUUGAUUCACUCUGCUGAGCUAGCCUACAACUGUCCUGACUGAUUCACUCUGUUGAGCUAGCCUACAACUGUGCUGACUGAGCCCACACGUUCAUCUCACAUGCAAAGAUAUGAUAUGUAAUCAACAGUCAUUGUCAUUUCAUCUGUGGGAAAAAUGCAGUUUUACAUUACACACCGAUGUAAGCACAUAAGACAUGAAUGCAUACACACACACACACACACACACAGUACAGAUUACAAGAAAUGAGAAAUCCACACACUGUGGCCUGAUGAUGGUCUGUUGAGAUUGAGACGUUGCCUUUUUAGAGUAGAUAAAGUCUUUCUUGGAGCCUAUAUCCAGCCAGACCAUCUUCCUUCUCUCUCUGAUAUGUCAUAUCCUGUCUGUAGAGCAUCUUCCUUCUCUCUCUGAUAUGUCAUAUCCUGUCUGUAGAGCAUCUUCUGUCUCUCCCUGAUAUGUCAUAUCCUGUCUGUAGAGCAUCUUCUGUCUCUCUCUGAUAUGGUUUGUCUUGCACCUGGAGAAACAUAUUUGGAUGUGCACACCCGUGUCCAUGAAUUAGCCCACCCACCCAACAUCAUGGUCAUUCAUUAUCUGUCAGACUUUACACCUCAGUGUUCUUGUUAGUAGCUAUCUUGUUUAAUGUUCAUUUAUGAUUACUUUUGAUCACUCUGUGGCUAUUUAUAAUAAAUAUACGAUUUAUUCAUAUUUA